AUGGUGGCGGCGGCCGCGGAGACGCAGUGGAUGUCGCCGUACGAGGUGGCGCGGGAGCGGAAUGUGGAGGAGAACAAGCGCAAGAUGGAGGCGCUCAACCUGCGCCACCUCUCCGCCGUCAUCAAGGAGGCUCCCAAGACCCCUUCUCCCAUGAAGCCGAAGAGGCGCAGGCCCAUCGAGGACGCGGUCGUGGUUCCCUCGCCUCCCAGGAGGUCCCGCCGGCUUGCGAAUCUCCCUGAGCUCAAGUAUGCAGAGAUAGCACCCCACACUGCAGAUCGAAUGACCAGGUCUCCUAGAAAACCAGCUUGCCGUAUCUACUUCGCAAACCGCGGAUCAAUUUCCAUGAAAGCUAGGUUGGAGGCAACAAGAAAGGCCGAGGAGCUAGAAUCAGAACUUGAUCAUGAAAUCCCAUCCUUUGUGAAGGCAAUGUUGCAUUCACAUGUGGUUCGAGGUUUCUGGCUGCAACUCCCCAGCCAUUUCUGUGACACUUACAUGCCAAAGCAAGACUCCAUUAUCACCUUGGUGGAUGAGAAGGAUGAAGAAUUCGACACCAAAUACCUUGCCUACAAGAAGGGGCUAAGCGGCGGAUGGGCUGGUUUUGCACUAUGCCAUGGGAUGCAGGAUGGAGAUUCAGCUGUUUUUCAGUUGAUUAAGCCCACGACCUUCAAGGUGUAUAUCAUCCGAGCAGCUUCUGAUGAUGUCAGUGAGGUAGAUGAGUGACUGCAUCACGCGACGGCUGUACUGAGUACUAACUUAGCAGGAGGAGGUGGAAAGUGGGAUUUUGGGUAGUUUUAGGCUUUAUAUAUCAGGAUUGCCCUAGUAUGUAUUUUAUCUGUAUGUCUCGAUGCUACCAGUGUGACUCCUAAGAUGCAGAAGUCAUAACUUGCAGAAUGCAUUAUGAGCUAUUUUCUGGCCACUGCAUGUUCAUGUCCUAAUGGAAGUUUCAUAAAAUGCAUGUCUUGUGACUUUUUGAAGAUUAAGGAACGAUUCUUUCACCUAA